AUGGCACCCUCCGCCGAAGCCAUCAUCAAGCAAUACGAAUGGAGCCCGGACGGCAUCGAAAAGAUAUCCGCCCGCAAGGUGCCCAACCGCAUCGAAAUCGUCGAGCCAGACCCCUCCUGGCCGCAGCGCUACGAGCUCCUCAAGGCGCGCAUCGAGGCGGCGCUCCCCGCGUCGACGCUCCUGCACAUCGCGCACGCGGGGUCCACGUCGGUGCCAGGCCUGCCCGCCAAGGACGUCGUCGAUAUCGACGUCGAGGUGGUCGACCCAACGGACGAGGCCGCUUACGUGCCGGCGCUCGAGGCCAUCGGGUGGCACUUCCGUACGCGCGAGCGUAACUGGCAUCAGCACCGCUUCUUCAACAGCUAUGACCCGCCAGCGAACCUGCACGUCUUUGGGCCUGAUUGUCCGGAGGUGGCGCGCCAUAGGGUGUUUCGCGACUGGCUGGUCAAGAACGCCGAGGAUAGGGAGCUGUAUGCGCGAACGAAGCGGCGGGCGGCUGAGGAUGCGGUCGCGGCGGGUGAGAGGCUCAUGACGUAUAACAUGCGCAAGGAGCCGGUGAUUCGGGAGAUUCUGCAGCGGGCGUUUCGCGACGCCGGGUAUAUCCAGUAG